AUGUCCGUGCAACAUUCACCGACCAAGAGCAGCCAGCAGCCAACCAUGGAAGAUGUGAAGACCUUCGUUCAUCAGCGUGGGCAGGUAAGGGGUAAGGUCACCGCAAUCUUCAACACGUUGGAGAGAGCGGAGGACGACCCCUCCCAGGAGGUGCUGAGGCUUGUUCCUCCGGCCAAACUCGAUGAACAAGAUGAAAAGUUGAACGAGUUUGAUCGGAUUCAUACGGAUGCUCUUGUUCGUUUGGAAGGCUUAAUGGAAGCUCUUCAAAAGAAUCCUCGUGAUUCUAAUGUCGUGCAAACGCAAUCCGAUUCUUCCAGAAUCAUUAUCCAACAAGCACCGCUUAAAGCUCCCAUCCCAACAUUCGAUGGGAAGUAUGAAAAUUGGCCUCGUUUCAAGGCGAUGUUUGAAGACAUCGUCGGCAAGGGAUCGGAUUCCGAUUCCAUCAAACUACACCAUCUUGAAAAGUCGUUGAUUGGUGCCGCAUCCGGGAUCAUUGAUUCCAAAACUUUGGCGGACAACAAUUACAAGCAUGCGUGGACGAUCUUAAACGAACGGUAUGAAAAUCCUCGCAUUAUCAUUGACACGCACAUUUCAGAACUUUUGGGGAUGAAGAAAAUGAACAGGGAAUCUCACAGGGAACUGAGGGAGUUGAUUGAUACGUGUACUCGAAACAUUGAGGGUCUUAAGUUCAUGAAACAGCCAGUGGAAGCGACCGCUGGACUGAUUAUCAAUAAAAUUUUGGUGUCUUGCCUUGACCCAGCAACACGUAAACAGUGGGAACGUACUCUCAAUCAUGGUGAUUUGCCCGAUUUGGAUGAUACUUUGUUGUUUCUGAAGGAUCAGUGUCGUGUUUUGGAGCGGUGUGAGGUCGACAAUCCCUCUUCCGCUAAAUCUCAACCAGGGAAGUUGUCUCAGUCUAGUGUUAAGCCUGCUAGCGUCAAAGUUCACUCGGCCACGCCGGAUGCUAAUAACGAGUCGUGCAGUUUUUGUGGAAAAUCGCACUUCAGCUAUCAAUGUCCUGAGUUUCGUAAGCUAUCCAUCUCGGAGCGCGUUAGUAAGGUGAAGGAAUCUCGUUCGUGUUUCAACUGUCUUCGUUGUGGGCACAAUUCUGUCAAUUGUUCGUCAAAAAACCGUUGUUCGAAAUGUGGAAAGCGGCAUCACUCCUUGCUACACGAUGAUGGAACCAAGUCCGAUCAAAGUGUGAGCCCACCCGCGUCGGCUCCGAAGCCGACUGAUGCCGUUCAGAAGCCAGUCCCUGAUCCGCCGCAGUCCUCGAAUACAGAUUCUGUUCAGUCAGCUACUGUGUCUUCGUCGUGUUCGCAGAGCGUUGCACUCCCAAAUGUUUUGUUGUUGACUGCUAUGGUGCAUCUGCUCGAUAAAUCUGGUCAUCCUGUGCCUUGCCGAGCCUUUCUAGAUUGUGGGGCUCAAACGAACUUGCUUUCUACCUCUAUGUUCGUAAAGUUAGGGUUUGAUGGUCUUCCUGUGAAUAUCGAUAUCGUCGGCGUCAGCUCCUCCCGCAGUAAGUCUAACUGUCUGGUCGAUGUGAGUCUACGUUCGCAGUACAGCGACUAUCAAACAAUCCUUCAGUGCUUGGUCACCGCGAAAAUCACAAAUCCGUUGCCGUCUCAGUCAAUCGACAUUUCUGAGUGGAAUAUUCCCUCCAAUAUCAAGCUGGCCGAUCCUAAUUUCCAUGUUCCUGCCACGGUAGACUUACUGAUCGGGAUGGGUCAUUUCUUUGAGCUCUUGAAGAUAGGCCAUAUCGUUCUUGCUGAGGGUCUUCCCGAGUUGCGUGAGACUGAGCUAGGAUGGGUGAUUGCUGGUGAAAUCCGUGCUGAGGCACCGGCUUUGGUCAAUGUCACACAGGUGAGUUGCGUUGCUAUCGAGUCGCUCAACGAGACAGUCAAGCGUUUUUGGGAGAUUGAGGAGGUUGAAGUUUGUUCCACUCCCACAGGAGAAGAAGAAGAGUGUGAGGAAUUGUUCCGUAGCUCGUAUAGGCGUGAUGUUAACGGUAGAUAUAUUGUGAAACUACCUCUUCGCGAAAAUGUACACGAACUCUCUGAUAAUCGUUCACUGGCCCUUCGUCGUUUUUUCUUUCUCGAAAGACGGUUGCUGAAGGAUCCCGAGCUCCGUCUGCAGUACUCUAACUUCAUCGAAGAGUACAAAUCUUUCGGCCACUGCAAAGAAGUUGUUGAGGCGCACGAUGUCCCUGGACAAUUGAAGUACUACAUGCCGCAUCACGCAGUUUACAGGCCGUCGAGCACAAGCACAAAGUUAAGGGUUGUGUUUGAUGCGUCGGCGAAACCGCCGUCUGGAGUGUCUCUCAACGAUGUGUUGAAGAUAGGCCCCGUCGUUCAGAACGACUUGAUGUCAAUUCUGUUGAGAUUUCGUCUACAUCCUUUCGUCUUCACCGCUGAUAUUCAAAAGAUGUACCGGCAGAUUUUGGUCGAUCCGGAGCAGACCUCGUUGCAGAGAAUUUUCUGGCGGUCCAACCCAACGGAUCCCGUCAAGGUUCUCGAGCUAGUGACUGUUACGUACGGUACUUCUGCUGCUCCUUUCUUGGCUACCAGGUCUCUAGUUCAACUGAGUGUCGAUGAAGGAGCCGAUUUUCCUCUUGCAGCCCGCGUGAUACAAGAGGACUGCUAUGUUGAUGAUGUGUUGUCGGGAGCGAAAACCAUUCAAGAAGCCAUUGAAUGUCGUCAACAGCUCCAAACGUUACUAGCCAGGGGUGGUUUUCCGGUGCAUAAGUGGUGCGCCAACGAUGAAGCGAUUCUUCAGGAUGUCCCUGAGGAUGAGCGCGAGAAACUUGUUCUUCUUGAUGAUCUGUCGGCAAAUGAGGUGAUGAAGACUCUCGGAUUAACGUGGAAUCCGAGGAGCGAUGAGUUUCUUUUCUGUCAGUCUGCUUCGUCCGAAGACUCAGCUGUGACGAAGCGCCAGCUAUUCUCUGAAGUAGCGAAAAUGUUUGACCCGCUAGGCCUACUCGCCCCAAUUACCGUUCUAGCUAAGCGUUUGAUGCAGCAAACCUGGGCUGAUAAAAUAGACUGGGAUGAGUCUCUCUCUGAUGACCUCCUAAGAGACUGGUUACGCCUUCGUAAUUCGCUCGUAGCCGUUCGUGACAUUAAAAUUCCGAGACCAGUAACCGGUCCCGCGUAUGAGUCUCUUGAGCUACACGGGUUCGCAGACGCUUCAGGAAUAGCGUACGGUGCCUGCCUGUAUGUUCGCAGUAUUCUCCCAAAUGAUCGCUGUGUCGUCAGGUUGUUGUGCAGUAAGUCUAAGAUUGCCCCUCUUCAAGAGUUGACAAUCCCUCGAAAGGAACUGUGUGCAGCCGUGCUGCUGUCUAGGUUGGUCAAGAAGGUUCAAUCGACUUUGGAAGUUCAGUUCUCCUCCGUUUCUCUUUGGUCGGACAGUCAGAUUGUCCUCUCGUGGUUGCAAAAGGCGCCAGCGAAAUUGCAGCCAUUCGUUCAGAAUCGUGUGGUGGAGAUAUCAAGGGACUGCGGUCUCUAUAAAUGGGGUUACGUCAGGUCCAAGGACAACCCGGCCGAUGUAAUCUCCCGCGGUCAGCUCCCCGGCACUUUGAAGGAAAACUCGCUAUGGUGGGAAGGACCUCCGUUUCUCCAAUCAAGGAGGUACGAAUCAGCAGUUCUUGAUCAACUUCCUGAUGAUUUGAUGCCUGAAAUGAAACCAGCUUCGGUCAUGGCAAUGCCCGUAGUGAAUUGUGACGAUCUUCCACUCUUCAAGAAAUUCGGAUCCCUGCGUAAACUUCAACGUGUUCUUGCCUACGUUCAGCGAUUUCUGAAGAAUUGCCGUACCAAGAAUCCGGAGCAUCGUGUAAAAAGUAGUUGUCUAUCCGUCUCCGAGCUUCGAUCUGCUCUCCAUACAAUUGUGCUAGUGAUUCAACACGAAUCGUUGCCUGAAGAAAUCGAAAGAGUCGAGAAUGGAGAACCGUCUAGAAGGUUGAAAGCUCUCGGCCCGUUUUUGCAUAACGGAGCCUUGCGGGUGGGUGGGCGUAUUCAGAAGUCACGAAUGUCGUUCGAUGCCAAACAUCAAUACAUCUUGCCAAGGCAUCCACUCACCGAUUUGAUUAUCCGCGAAUAUCAUUUGGAACAUUUGCACAUUGGUCCGUCUGGUCUUUUGUCAGCUCUUCGUCAACGCUUCUGGUUGUUGGGUUCUCGUUCUGCUGUAAGGAAGAUAACCAGGGGGUGUGUGGAGUGUUUCCGGGUGAAGCCACAAGGUGUGGCGCAGUACAUGGGCAACUUGCCACAAAGCCGCGUAACGCCACACGCACCGUUUGAGGUCACCGGAGUGGAUUACGCGGGGCCCUUCCUUAUCAGACAAGCAGGUCGAAAAUCUGUUCAUGUCAAGGCGUAUUUAUGUGUGUUCGUUUGCUUGAUCGAGACGUUUUGCCAGAAUAAGGAAAUCAGCUGGCAUUUUAUUCCGCCCGAUGCUCCUGAAUUCGGCGGGAUGUGGGAGGCUUCAGUGAAAAGCACAAAAUAUCACCUGAAGCGUAUCCUCAAAGGAACUCCGUUAACUUUCGAGGAGAUGUAUACCCUGUUAACGCAGGUUGAAGCCAUUUUGAAUUCGCGACCUCUUUUUUCGCAUUCGGACGAUCCCGCUGAGGGUGAAGUAAUCACUCCAGCUCAUUUCCUUAUUGGCCGCCCGUUGACGGCCGUUCCUGAACCCUCCUAUGAGGGCCUCAAUCAGAACCGUUUGUCGAAAUGGCAGCACCUGCAACAGAUGAGGGAACAUUUUUGGAAGUCGUGGGUGCACGACUAUCUGGUAAGUCUGCAGCCUAGGGGAAAGAACUUCGUUCGCUUCCCGAAUAUUCGUCAAGGUACAGUGGUUUUGUUGGAAGAUAAGACUCUUCCGCCCCAACAGUGGAAGUUGGGACGAAUCGUUCAUGUUUACCCUGGGGAAGAUAAUCUUGUAAGGGUGGUCGAUAUUAAGGUGGGAAAUGCUGUUUAUAGACGACCGAUAACUAAGAUUUCAAUUCUUCCAAUAGAAGACAAUAGUCACAUUGGGGGGCCUCAGGAUUCCGGCAUCGAUCGCCCGGGGGAGGAUGUUCGCAACAGCGAAGAUUUGAUGUCGAUGCGAAUCGGCGGAUCCGCGCGACGCUAG